GGGUUGGCAUGGCAAUAGUAGUUGUGUUCGCUUUUCUCGCUUUUGCUUCAGUUUCGCCCAGUUUCGCCGAGCAACCGGUGAAGGAGGCUGAUGCGGCCAUUGGUGGUGGCGAGUUUCGGAUGAUCGUGGAUGCAAGUACAGGUCAAUGACUCAUGAUCCGACGAAGUCCGAAGUAGAUCAGUGGCUGGCUAGUAGUAGGGGUGAGCCAAACCAAGCACCGAUUGGCAACUUGGAAAACCCAUUCAAAGUUCAAACAAAUUCAGACGUGUGUGAAUGUUCAACAUCAACACCGAGGCUGUCUGCUAUGGUCUUGAUCAACUGGAGGUAGGUUUGCAACUGGCUGACCUACCGAUGAUGAUAGCAACGGUGAUGGCGGACAUGGAUGGCAGACUGAUCAGAUGGCUGGCAACAAAGUCAUCACAUCUGUGCCGUGCGCACUGGUACAUACCGGGAUAGUGUGAGUGUGUGGGACUGGCGAGAACAGUGUUCGUUACGAGUAGAGGCUUACAACAUUGAACUGGUAACGACGGUGUUGGUGAAGGGAACGGCCGAUAUCUCCAACAUAACCUGGCAGCCGUACAAAGGCAGCAUCAUGAUGGCCAGCUUGCCCGACGAUUUCAUCACCACUCGGUAUCCUGAACCGUUCCAGCAAUGAGUGAUGAUAAUGAUGAUGGAAGCACGGACAGGUGGCCAAUGCCAAGCUGGAAGACAUGUUUUCACCACUGAACGGCCUGGUCCAGAACGGAAAGCGGCAGCGUGUACGGUUGAUUCAUGGAGGCACUUCACAUUCCCUUGUGGUAUAAACACAUCCACAAGGUCCACCAUGAGUGGACCGCGCCGAUCAGCAUCUCUGGGCUGUACUGUCACCCGGUCGAGCAUGACAUCGCCAACAUAUUGCCGGUAAUGGCUGGUCCCGUCCUGCUCGGCUCUCACUGUAUGCUGCUGCUCUUGUGGGCCUGCAUCUCGCUGGCCUCCGUGUCCGUCGCACACUGCGGCUUCCACCUGCCGUUCAUGCCGUCCAACGAGUACCACGACUACUAUCAUGAAAAGUUCAACGAGAACUUUGGCAUACUGGGAAUCUUUGAUUUGCUGCAUGGCACGGACAGUCACUUCCGUAAAUAAAAGUCGUACGAGCGCCAUUCCAUGCUCCUUGACACCACCCCAGCCAACGUUCUGAUUCCAGACGAACCGAAGAAAUGGCAGUAAAAAGGUUAAGUCGGCAGUGCAUGUACGUGUGUGCACCCUCACUGCUGUUGCUAGUCUCCUCACAGUCCACCCUUGACCGUCUCAUUCUCCAGUUUCAAUGCUAGUCUCCUCACAGUCCACCCUUGACCGUCCCAUUCUCCAGUUUCAAUGCUAGUCUCCUCACAGUCCACCCUUGACCGUCCCAUUCUCCAGUUUCAAUGCUAGUCUCCUAACAGUCCACCCUUGACCGUCCCAUUCUCCAGUUUCAAUGCUAGUCUCCUCACAGUCCACCCUUGACCGUCUUAUUCUCCAGUUUCAAUGCUAGUCUCCUCACAGUCCACCCUUGACCGUCCCAUUCUCCAGUUUCAAUGCUAGUAUCAUCACUACUCUACAUGUAUAUGUAUUUUAGCAUAUCCACCAUCAAUACUGGUCACAUGAUAAAUUACACUUACCUACCCUCACUACUUCAAGUAUGCCGCUGAUAUUAUUAUUUUUAUUCACAUAGCUAUGGGUUUUUUUGUGGCAAAUUCACUAUUGCCCUAGCUCGGCCCAAUCUGUGUUCUAUCAUAGGUGGUUAUCGACAUCACACUGUUCAAUCCACCAGACUUAUCAGUGUCGACUCUCAUAGCUAAUGUGCAUUUUUCCGAACCAUCACCAAGAAGUUCUUUUUCUUUCUCAGCUAGGCCCGUUCACAGUUUGUUUCUAUUUCAAGUUCCGUCCGUUCCACCAUCCUGGAAGCAUGGAGAGGGACUUUAUUGUGAAUAUUUUGAAGUUUAUUACAAGCAAAUUUAAUAUUGGCUAUGACAUCAGUUCUACUUAACGGCUGUACCGUUAUGACAUCACUACUACUUACCGGCUGUACUGCUAUGACAUCACUAGUAAUUAACGGCUGUACUGCUAUGACAUGGAGAAUCCUUUUAAAUAAAUACAAUACAAUACAAUACAAUACAAUACAUCACUACUACUUGCUC